GCCCUGCGCCCGCCGCACGCACCUGCCCAGCUAGCCUGCUACAUGGAGAAGACACGGACCGAGCGUGUGGAGGAGACACCGGAGCACUGCAGACAGCGAUCGGGAUGGUCUAUACCGCGGCUCUGCUCUUCGGACACGGCGUGCCCGUCUUGUCGGAGGAAGAAAGCGUCGUAGAGAUGAUAGGAAAGUACUUCCUCCAGCUCACGUCCCCGGGCCGAAAGGCGAGCUCGGCCCGGAGGGGGAGCGUCGAGAGCUGCGAUGAGAGGGAGAACAACUCGCCCUUUUCCGACAUGGAUGCUGGUUUGGGGCGCGAAGAGCGGCUGCUUCAGCAGGAUGUGACCCGGCAGCUAGAGCGCGCUCUGACAGAGGCCAAGGCUUCCACCCUCCAGUGCCAGGUGCUGCUGCUGCCUCAUCAGAUGACCGGCAGGGUCGGCCAGGAUGUGGUGCGCUCCUCGGCCGACGAGCCCUGUGGGCUCCGCGGCGCCACCAUCAGGGUCUAUGUGGAGUGCAAAGAUGGCCUGAAGUCUGUGGGGAGCAUCUUCCCAGACCCGACUGUCACCCCCACAUUUGAACUGUCUGUCAUCUUCAAGGCAGACAAGGAUAACAGCUGGCCACCACUCAUGCACAUCUUCGAAACCAGCAAGGUGUUGAAGCUGAGACCAGAGUACCGGCUGGUGAAGAGGAAGCUCUACUCCUCCGCCAGUCCUGUCAUCCAUGACUUCAACUAGGGGUGAAGUUAAGAAAAUAAACCCCAUUUUCACUGUUUACAUCUUUUUUGUGUGUUUCAAUGUUAUUCCUCGUGGUUUAAAUGACAGACUACAUGCACCAACUCUGGCCUGGCAUGUGCUGGAAAAUGCUGGAGUUUCUGUGUUUGUAUUUUAGCUGGAAGUUGAUUGUUCUUUGUUUUAUGUAUGAAUGCCUAACUUAGAGCAGGAGGUAAAACUGCUUGUUUUUUCCACACUCCGUAGCCACUUUGACAGUAGUUUUGCACAGAGCAGUUGAAUGUUUACUGUAUUCUGUAAACAGGAAUAUUUCUUGCCGGGAAUGGGCGGGUCUCACUCCUGAAGUACACUGUACUUUUUGUUACACUUGUUAUUUAUGUGAUUGUAAAAUAAAUGUUACCCAACACUUUUUUUUUUU